CACCCCCUCCGGCCGGGCCUCUGUCCCCCAAGGCUUCGCCCUCUGCCCGCCCAGCGCGAGCGGCGAUGAAAGCGCCCUGCUGCCCCGCGCCGCAGCCCCUCGCCUCGGCCCUCCGCCGCUCGCUCCUCCCGGGCCCGGCGGCCUCGCAGCCGAAGCAGGCAAGCCCAGCAGGACGCCGCGCGCCCCCUUUGCACUCGCCGGCGGAGGAGGAGCUUCGCGCUGCGCCCGAUCCCCGCGCUCGGCCGGGAUCGGUCUGCCCGGGCGCGCGCCCACAGGUCCUCCGGGGCGCGCCGGGGAGGAAGGUGGCGGCGGCGGCGGGCGCUUGGCUCCGGCAGCGGCGGCGCUUGGCCGCCAACGCCCGCGAGAGGAGGCGCAUGCUGGGGCUCAACGUGGCCUUCGACCGCCUGCGGAGCGUCGUGCCGGCGCGGCGGGGCCAGAGGAAGCUCUCCAAGGCCGAGACCCUGCAGGUGGCCCAGAUCUACAUCUCCAUGCUCAGCCAGCUCCUGCUCCGGCCCGCUGGACAGACCUCCUCGGCUCCGGGAUCGCGCAACUUCGCCGCUUCCGAGCCAAACAGGGGCGGCGCAAGAGAUCCCCCAGCAGUGGCGCCGGUGGAGUUGGGGGGCUCCUCAGUUUAAAAAAUUGGACCCUGGGGUGGGAUCCCCCGGCAGUGGCCCCUCAGUGUUGGGGGCCUCUCAUUUUGAAAGAUUGGACCCUGGGGUGCGAUCCCCCGGCAGUGGCGCCUGUGGAA